AUGCCAAGGGUCGUUCUUCACCUAUCCAUGUCAAAAAAAUGCACAAAUAAGAAGUCUGCUGUUAGUGUUGAAGCAGAUGUCCUCUACAGUUUGCAGGCUGAGUUAUUGGAACUUGAAGUCCAACUUCCUGAAGGUGAACUCUUGUUGGACUUGAUAAGCAAAGUCGAAUCUUGCGGUUCUCGGUGCUUGGAAGAGUUGCCUCGUAUUGGCAUUGAGUUAAAAAAGGCUUGUUGCAGGGUUAAAGUUCUUAAGGCACUUGAAUCCAAAAUGACUUCGGAUUUCCUUGAGCAAUUAAUAGCAGAGGCCAAUGUGCUGCAGAUUGAAAAGGAGAAGCUGUUCGUUGAUAUUUCUGAACUUGCAGUUGAAAUGGUUUGGGAAGAAAGAGCAAAGGAAGUCCUUAGUAAUGAGGCAAAGAUGUCUGAAUUUGAGGAUAUUUUGAGUUUUGAAAAUCAAGCAUCAAGUCUCAUCAUUAGAUGCAUUGUAGAAGCUGGUCUCUCUUUCCGCCUUGAGUUUGCUCUGAUCUCAAAGCUGCAAGAUGCAUGUUCUACUCUCAGAUGGUGCUUUAAAGGCCUUGCUGUCUGUGAUGUGAUUCCCGCUCUUCAGGUUGGUAGUAUGCCAUUAGCAUUAACAAUUUAA